AUGGGGUCAAUCCUCGGCUCAUCAUCGCGCGACGCGAGCAAGGGGGCGCUGGCGGCCGUUGCGGACAAGGCCAAGGAGAUCACCUCGUUGGCUCCCGUCAUCAUAUUCAGCAAAACUUACUGUGGCUACUGCCAAAGGGUCAAGCAUCUGUUGACGCAGCUCGGGGUGAGUUACAAAGUCGUCAAGCUGGACAAGGAAGGUGAUGGAGCUGUGGUUCAAUCGGCAUUGGCAGAUUGGACAGGGCUGACAACAGUACCUAAUGUGUUCAUUGGGGGAAAUCAUAUCGGUGGAUGUGAUUCUGUCACUGAGAAACACCAGGCAGGUCAACUGGUACCUCUUCUUAGGAGUGCCAGAGCUGUGGAGACCUAAUAAAAGCAGUGCUCAUAGUUGGAACCUUUGAUUGAAAGAUUGAAAGAGAGAGACUUGUGUGAUGGAAGUGGAUAAAUUGAGGUGUGAUAACAUCCACAGCACAAGUAAAUGAAAGGAUUGUUUUUUGA